AUGGCACCUCAGACUCUACGCAUUGCAUCGGCUUCGGGAUCCGUUACAGAUCGGCGACAUGCCCUUGCUGACCUGGCCAAAGAUGAAGACGUGCACUUCAUUGUCGGUGACUGGAUGUCUGAAUACAACAUGACAACCAGGGGUGGAGGAAAGGCGAAGGGCAGGGCCACAUCAUCAUCUGAAUUCGAGACAUCCUUCAUGGAGGCCAUUGAGCCUGCAUUGGGUGAUAUCGCAGAGCGCAAGAUCAGAGUGGCCGUCAACGCAGGCGCGAGUGACACUAAGAAACUACACGAUACCCUGACUGGGGUAAUCCGGGCUAAAGGUCUGGAUUUGAAGGUGGCGUGGAUUGAAGGCGACGAAGUAUCUGGCCUUUUUGAGCAGUCCGUCAAGUCAGGCAAUGAGUUCAAGAACCUUACUACCGGCCAAACCAUAUCCAACUGGGAGUUCACCCCCAUCUAUGCGCAAGCCUAUCUCGGAGCAUGGGGGAUUGCAGAAGCACUCCACCAAGGCGCUGACAUUGUGCUCUGUGGACGAGUCACUGAUGCCUCUCCCACAAUUGGGUGUGCUGCAUUUUACUACAACUGGAAACGAGACGACUACGACAAACUGGCUCACGCAUUCGUUGCAGGUCACUUUAUCGAAUGCUCAACCUAUGUGACUGGAGGGAACUUCUCAGGGUUCAAAUCCCUACCCAGUUCCUCCGUGGACCUGGCGUUUCCCAUCGUUGAGAUAAGCAACGACGGCCCAUUCGUGGUUACGAUGGAGAAAGGGAAGGAUGGAAUGGUGACUACUGAGACCUGCAAGGCACAGCUACUCUACGAGAUCCAGGGCCCGAUGUACUACAACCCCGACGUCGUUGCUGUGCUAGAUGAUAUCAAGAUUGAGCACGAGGGAUCAAAUAGAGUCCGCGUCUCAAAUGUCAAGAGUAUCAAGCCACCGCCGACAACGAAGAUCGGUGUCACUGCACACGGCGGGUUCCAAGCAGAGGUCCACUACUUUCUCUGCGGCCUCGAUAUCGACGAGAAGGCUGCCCUGCUGGAGCGACAAGUCCGACACCUCCUAGACGAAUCCCAGUAUCACACGCUGAAAUUCCGCGUCAACGGCUCCUGCCCUUCGGAUCCUACAAACCAGGACGCAGCCACUGUGGACCUGCGCAUCUUUGCACAGUCUCGCUCGGAGGAAGCACUUUCCCAGGCAAAUUUCUUCCGUCCAUGCACCGAUACGAUUAUGCAGAGCUAUCCAGGAGCGACAUUCGCGGUGGACGCUCGUCAGGCUGCCCCGAAACCGUACUAUGAAUACUUUGUUUCUAUCUUCCCACAGGAUCAGAUACGGCAUAUUUGCCAUCUACCAUUCAAAGAAACGAGUACGGUAAUUGAACCACCAAAGGACACUGUCCCGUUCCAGUACGACCAGCCGUCAUAUGAAACGAAGACACCAUACAGUCUCGAUGUGUUUGGUCCAACGACACGGGCACCACUAGGCUACGUGGUACAUGCCCGCUCGGGUGACAAGGGGUCGGACUGCAAUGUUGGCCUCUUUGUCCGUAACCAGGAUGAAUGGGACUGGCUACGAUCUCUACUUACGGUGGAAAAGGUCCGGCAGUUGCUCGGCCGUGAUGAUGAAGGUCAGGGCAUCUUUCGCUUCGAGCUGCCACAUAUCUGGGCCGUGCACUUCCUACUUAAGGACCAUUUGGAUCGUGGAGUCUCUUCCAGCUCGACAUAUGAUGUCUUGGGAAAGAAUCUGGCUGAAUAUCUGCGCUGUAAAUGGGUCGAUAUCCCUGACAAAUUUCUGGCGCGGGGUAGGAUCUAG